AGUACAGCUGAUCCCGACCAGCGUGACUUAUCACCGACACAACAAUGACAAGCUCGCCGAUGAAGCUGCAGAACCGCGAACUAUUCGGCGGGGCGAUCGAGUUACAAGUUCCCGCUGAUUUCCUGGAUGUCAGCGAUUUUCGACAAGUCCCCGACACCCAAGAGGUAUAUACGACAGAAGAUGGCGCUGUCUCAUUAGUUGUCGAGAUCUUGGACGUGGUCAAGGAAGAGGGGUGCGAAGACGAUUUAUGGAAAGCGAUCAACUUUCAUUUCGGAGCCAUAGCCCACGAUAAUGAGGCCGUAUCCCAGCAAGUCACCACUAUCUACGAACCGUCCUACUCGAUCCAACCAACCUCGCUAGGCUCAUACGAAUCCAUGCAAGAUCUCUCUUCCUUCAAAUUCCCCACUCCCUCACCGAUGACCCUCGAAGGUACCCAGCUGGUCAGAAAAUUUCGAUCAGAACGACCGGUGGAAGAGCUCCCCCCACCGGACAAGGUGCUCAUCUUUGUGGCCUUGUGGAGAGUCCUGCUCGAGAACGGUUCCAAGGACGGACGACCGAUUCCUGAGAUGGACGACGACGAGCACAUGCAAGACGUGACGGGUGCGAGUGCAGGAGACGGAAAAGCUCGAGGGAGGUAUGCCGAUGUGCUCUGCAGCGUCAAUGUGAACGUGGCAAACACGAGUGAGGCCGAGGUGAAUGAGGUCCGAGCGUGGUUCAAGGAAAGCAGCAGUAACAUGCGGAUACGAGAUUACGGUCUUUUCGUUGAAGUGGAAAAGUAAAAGCUACGAUAUGAUCAAGCAAAUGCGAUG